GAGCUUGUAUUGUCUAGGUAACAUCAACAUCCGGUUUAAGCAAAACCGAGCGAAAACAUGACAGAUACGGGAUAGUUCGGGAUUUUAUUUCAGGGUGUAUUUUGUCAAAAUAUCGACUGAACAAAAAAUAAGUAAUCAUGUCGCGAGCUGCCGUGUCCAAAUCACGGGCAGACAAAGGCUCUAAGCCACCACCUGCACAUACACCCGUGGUUGCACAUGAAAUCGUUCCUGGAAAAUUCACAGAUCAGGACUGGAAUUUCAUGCUUGACAAAGAUGGAGCAGAGGAUUUCAUUGAAGACAUUAUGGAAGAGGUGGUGGAUACCACAAUGGAAAAAAUAUACGAUAUUUACAUAGAUAAACAACUCCUUCCAUUCACAGUUACAAUGGCAAAAGAUGCGAUUCUUCAAAUAAUUGAUUGGCAGUUUUUAGCGCGAGAUGAAGGAGAAGUUAAAAUUGAAACUGAUCCUGGAUGGAUGGAAGAUGAGGAGCCAGAUCCUGCCUCAACUGACUGCUGGGCCCAGGGAUCUGUCCCAAAACAAAUCAUUCCUCCCAGACCUAUUUCCCCUGUGGCAGAAGUCUUUGAUGAAAAUCCUGAUGUUGAAGAUGAAGAUGUUUCUCCACUACCAGGGAAGGAAGGUACAAAAGUUGAGGAGGAGGUUCCAGAGAUGGAAGACAAAGUCUCAGAAGCAGAAGAAGAAAGUCCACAAAAAACCAAAACCCAAUUUAAUAGGGGUAAGAAACCGGAGAGGAAGUUUAAGUUCAAGCCAUACAAGGGUAGACUUGGCUCCAGUCAUGUCAGCAGAAUGUCUGAAUCAUUGGAAGAAACAGAGAUGAAGAUGGUAGCAGCUGAAAUUGAGGCCAGUCUAGAAUUCAAGCAAAUGGACAAAGCCAGUGGUCUGUUGAAUAUGCCAGCAUCAUGUCAUUCAAUUCUCAAAGUUCAGUCUGGAAGGCCACCAGGGAACAAAGAUGUUGUUUAUGAUGAGAUGGGCAAUGUUCUGGCUGUUGUCAAAUUAAACCCAGAAAAACUACCAUCACAUAAAGUUAAAGUUAAUUAUCAGGUAGUAGAUCCAUCAGUUGAAGCAGCUCAAGCCAGACUAGAGGCCAUGCGACACGGAAAAUUCAUGAGAAUAAAAUUAAAGAAAAAGAAGACAUCCCCAGAAGAAUCGCUAGAUAAAUCUUUUGAUGAUUCCUCAUCUAGGCAAACAGAUGCAAAGACCGAGUUACCUCCACCUAUGAUAGAGACAAUGGAACUAGCUCCUGGGGUGACAGUAAAGGAGGGCGGAAGAAUUAGGAGAGGACCAAAGAGGUAUGUACGUAAAUCUGAUGUGUUAACAACAAAUCUACAAGGACUACAUCCAGUGGCCAAUAAAACAACAAAUCCAGCCCUAGAAGUUACUGAUCUGCUUGACAGAACCACCCCAAUACUUAGACCAAUCAGAGACUCUCCCCCAUUACCCCCCAUUGUACCCCACCCUCCUAGUCAGCCCCGAAUAUCAACAUGAGAGGGAUGAGUGAGGGAUUCCUAAUGAUUGGAUUUAAAUUCAAAUUUGUUGUUGUCAGAAUAUUUCUGAAAAACAAGUGAUUAUAUACUGUUGUUUUAUAUACAGUUACUCUACUUAAUAGUACUAUAUACAUACAUGUAAUGUGCACAUGUUAAAUUCUGCUUGACACAAAUAUCAUUUUUUAAAUGAUGAAAGUGUCACUUGUGAUAUUCAUGAAUAAAUCUAACAGUGAAAAUUGAUGUGAGAAAUUGAAUAUGUGAUUGUUAUCAAAUAAAUUUUUAUUAUUUUU